UAAUACAAAUUAACUAAAUGUGACGCAAAUAGACAACGUCCUAAUUUCACGCACGUUUCUCGCACAUUUCCGUCCCGUUAUUGAUUCAAAUGCGCAAAACACCGAGCAAUGACGACGCGAGACGCGACAAUUACGGAAAUGCGGACGGGAUCGUUAGUGGUAUGACGAGCGAGCUUCCUUGUCGACGUGUUCGUUUGAAAAAUCCAACACAAAGCUCUCGGAAGUAAAACUGUACUUAUCCAGUAAAACUUGGGCAGUAUGGUUAUACUAAAUAUUUCUUUGUGACUAAUCGCUUCGGAGGGUGGAACGAUCGCCUCGCAAGGCGCAUCCUUCAAAACACCUUCCGAACACGAGCGUGCAAAUACGGAACUCGCAACGCUGUGCAAGGUGUAUCCCGUGAGCCCUGCGGCAGGGCCGGGUGCGGCGCGAUCGGUAUGGGAACUAAGUCCCGAUCCCGACAUGGUCGGGCAUCUACCAAACAAUCCAAUAUCAGCUCACCAGAAUCACGGCUCAGGCAAGGGUAUGCGGCAAGGCAGUCGUCCCGAUGAUACCAUCUACACCGACGAAAGUGCUAGUCACAGUCUCACUGAUGAGACUAAACAGAUCUUCGAGUUGCUCAGAGCCGGUAAAAUCGAGGCAGUCGAAGAAUUGAUUGAGAAAGCCGGGUUGAAUGUGCUCAGCGCACGGAACGAGUGGGGUUAUACACCUGCUCAUUGGGCUGCCUUGGAUGGCAAUAUGCAAGUGAUGAGAUAUUUGAUAGAACGAAGUGGACCUGUUGAUUUACCUUGUCUCGGUACACAAGGACCUAGACCGAUACACUGGGCUUGUCGGAAAGGUCACAGUGCGAUAGUGCAGUUAUUAUUGACGGCAGGAGUUGCAGUCAAUGCAGCAGAUUUUAAAGGUCUAACGCCCCUGAUGACCGCUUGCAUGUUCGGCAAAUUCACAACGGCCACUUUCCUGCUAGGAUCCGGCGCGCAAGGGCACCUGACCGACAUAAACGGCGACACCGCGCUGCAUUGGGCUGCAUACAAAGGCCAUGCAGAACUGAUUAGACUGUUGAUACACAGUGGAAUGGAUCUAGAGAAGCCAGAUUAUUUUGGCUCGACGCCGCUUCAUUUGGCCUGUCUGUCCGGUAAUAUCAGCUGCGUGCGGAUUCUCUGCGAGAAAAGCAAAAUCGAAUUGGAGCCACGCGACAAAAAUGGCAAAACACCGUUGCAGUUGGCCAGGAGUCAUCGUCACUGGGAAAUCGUGCGCGUUCUGCAAGCGGAACAGAAACGUCGAACGAAGUGUAUACCAUCUAUCAGUGAGCUGUGGACGUUGUUGUUUGGCGGAGCCGGCAAUAGCAAAACACCGCUGCUGUUUUUCCUAAUGUCUGUCCUGCUGUGGAGAUAUCCGAUGUAUCUAUUGAAAUGUAUUCCGUUGACAUGGCAUCAUCUGCUGGGCAAGCACUACUGUUUCAUUUGCUGGAACAUUCUCAUGUGGAUCUCGUGGAUCGUAGCGAAUAGAAGAGACCCUGGUUACGUGACACAAAAUAACGACAGUUAUUAUAGAGUGAUAAAACAGAUUCCAUGUUUUGAUAAGUGGAAAAAACGAAACGUUUUGCUGUCGCGAUUGUGCCAUAGUUGCAAAUGCUUUACGCCUCUUCGCGCGGAACAUUGCAGGAUUUGCAACAGAUGCGUCACGUAUUUUGAUCACCAUUGUCCGUUCGUUUACAAUUGCGUCGGCCUGAGAAAUAGAAUGUGGUUCUUUCUGUUCGUUAUGUGUAUGACGAUAAACUGCUCCUUCACCGUGUACUUUGCGUGUCACUGCAUAGUGAUCGAAGGAAUUCAACUGCUUUACAUUCUUGCCGUGUUGGAGGCUCUUGUUUUUUGCGGACUUGGCUUGAUUCUAACGUUCUUUUCGGUGCUGCACGCUUGUAUGAAUUUGACUACCAACGAAAUGUUCAAUUACAAAAAAUACUCAUACUUAAAAGACAAGAAGGGCAAGUAUCUGAAUCCCUUCAGUCGAGGACCUAUGUUUAAUUUCAUCGAAUUCUUCCUUUGUCCGCCGGAUCGUGAAGCAAAUGAUUUUCAGCAUUAUCAUAUUUUUUCGGAGGACAUUAUGCAAUAAUGAAUAAUGUACGGAUUUGCAAAUGAUUUGUUUCGUGCACUUUUCGCGGAGAAGUGAGUCAAGUGCGAUCAUUAUUACUUGCGCAUAAAUAAUAUACUGCUUUUAUUUUUGCACUACAUGUACGUACAUUUGCACGCAUAAAACAUAUAUAUAUAUUCCUAUCAGGGUACAUAUAUAUAUAUAUAUAUAUAUAUACAUAUAUAUA